UACUACUUCUAAAUCUUCAUUCAUCCGAUUCCUUCUGGAGAAUUUAGGAUCAUGGAGCUCGCCAGUCAGUCAGUCACUGAUAUGUUUUUUGCCAAAGGUAUAACUCUAGAGUUGGAGAACGUGUCUCCCGCAGAAACAGCAUUAGAUCAGGACCUUACAGCACAGGUCAUUGGUCUGGGCGAGGGGAAAAUCGACCUUUAUGUCCCAUCAGAAGCAAUAAUUGAACCAAUAUCUCCAGCAGAGGACAUGCCAGAGGAAAGUGUGCUUGCAGUUCCAACAUAUGAGGCUACUGAAGACGAAAUAACCAGUCACCCUGUUGAGUCAAAUCAGUAUCCAGAUCAAGGUAUGCCAAAUGAUAUAAUGGCGAUCAGCAGUUCAGUACCAGACUUAAAUCCCAGUGAAGCGUCAGAAGGUUCAGCUGAAACCCCAUCAUGUGAAGAGUCCCUUGGAGAUGUGACAUCUAGCCCUACAGCUCCUGGAGAGACGGGAAUCUCUAAAGUAGGUGCAAGUGUCAGAAAGUUCAUCCCGCCAAAAAAGGACAGAAUGGAUCCUCUAAAACUGGACAUGUCCAAGCCUACAGUGAUGCCACUCACCUCAUCUCAGCUUUCACUGCAAUGCCUGGAGUGCCACAUCAUCUUCAGUGACAACAAGAGCAAGCAGCGCCACCUUAAAAUGAACCACCCCUCUGAGUAUGAACAGUGCAUUCUUGGUGAUGCGCUGUUCGCGUGCUAUGUGUGUGAUCGACAUUUCACCUGUUCUACGGAGCUCAUGGCGCAUCAGCGCGCUCACACAGAGAAGCAGCCAUUUAAGUGUCCCAUUUGCGGAGAAGCUUUCAGUCGAUCGUCCGAGCUUACAAGCCAUAAAAAGGUACACUAUAACAAGCAGGGAUAUACCUGCUCAGAAUGCGGCAAGCUCUUCAAGACCCUUACUUUGCUUAAGUACCACCAGCGAGUACACACUGGAGAAAGGCCAUACGUUUGCAUACAUAAAGAGUGUGGCAAGAGAUUUACCAUGCCCAAAGCUCUGCAAAAGCACCUGGAAGCACAUGAAAAUGAGGGGACGGAAGGUGUAGAAAACUCGACAAAUGCCACAAGCAAAACCAAGAAAAGGAGGGGUAAGGGUAUAUCGUCUAAGAAAUAUUCAUGCUCACAAUGUAACGAGUCUUUUAAGACGGCCAAAUCACAGCUGCACCACUAUAGAACAAGGCACUCACAGGGCUCAACCAUUACAUCAUCCAACAGUGCUGUGGGAGAAGGAGGCCUGUGUGUUACACCUCUGACUGAAGUAGUUCAACUACCUUUACCACACGUUGAAGCUGUUGGACAGGCAGUACCGCAAAUAAGCCCACUUGGAGUUGAACAUAUUAAAAGAUUAAUAGAGAAAAUGGGAAAUGUCCAGAAAGUAAAUCAGCUUGUAAUACUUGGAGUUGAUCAGUUACCUUCGCAGACACCAAGCAAUGGAAUGCAACAGCCACAAGGCCUUAUACGACCUUUGCAUUUUGAUUUCACGCAGCCAACAGUACAACAAACUGGACUUCAGCAGGCGGAGGAUGAAAAGGAACAUGAAGGAACAUCAUCUACUGGAACUCAGCAAGACGUGUUAUUAGAAUCAUUACAGGUUGAAGUUGCUGUUGAACAAGAGCAAACUGUGAUUGAUGGUGGGACAGCUAUUUCUGCAGAGAACCAUGUCACAGUUGUUGAAUCAGACAUCACAGCAGAACUGGUAAAUAAUGUUCAGUAUGAACUUUUGCCAGAACAGGGUGAAAAGGACAUUUUACCGCCUCAGUUGGAAGCCAGUCAUCCACUUGUUCUUACAACAGAAGAACAGCAGAUUGAUAACAUAAUAGAUGUCAAAACAGCAGAACCAGAGAACAAUUCAUCUUUGACAACUGAUUUUGAAAGUAGCAUAAGUGAGAAGGAACCUGUAACCAAGCCACAAGACAUCGCCUUGUCAGAGAAGACCAACAUUAAUGCAGAACCAAGUCAAAAGGUCUCUGAAGCUGCAGACUUAACAAUUGAACAUGAGACCCAAACUAUGCAGGAGAGUAAGGUUAUUUUUGAUUUAACCAACACCAGUGCAGAUCCUCAAACUCAAGAGGCAGCCGAGGUAAUAGGUUUAGGAGUAAACCCUGAGCCACAAACUGAGCCGCCAAAUUUAGAUAAACUCACUAAGUCCCACUGUCAAAAUGCAAUCGAGAGGAUCAAAUAUUAA